AACUUAGAUAAAAAGAAUGAGGGUCAGAGGCGUGGUGUUGGUUGUGGUGGUGGGGAAGAGAUAUAUUAUCAGCGGCCAGCCCUAGAUAGCGGCUGGAUAAGAUGAGCAGUCACGGGAGCGUUCGUCGGAGCCAGAAGCGAGGGCCAUCCACGGCCAAGAAAUACGAAAACGAAAAUGGCAAUGGAAACAUCUCCAACUCCAAGCCUGCUUCUCCUCCUUCACAAUCGUCUGUUGGUGGAGAGAGGACUGUAAAGAAGCUGAGGUUAUCGAAAGCGCUAACUAUUCCCGAGGGAACUAUCGUCUCCGAUGCUUGUCGCCGGAUGGCUGCUCGCCGUGUCGAUGCUGUUUUGUUGACCGAUGCUAAUGCUUUGUUAUCUGGAAUUGUUACCGACAAGGAUAUUGCUACUAGAGUUAUAGCAGAAGGUUUGAGACCUGACCAGACAAUUGUUUCUAAAAUCAUGACUCGCAAUCCUAUAUUUGUCACUUCGGAUUCAUUAGCUAUUGAAGCUCUCCAGAAAAUGAUUCAAGGAAAAUUCAGGCAUCUCCCUGUUGUGGAGAAUGGUGAAGUCAUUGCCAUACUGGAUAUUACAAAGUGCCUCUAUGAUGCCAUUUCUAGAAUGGAGAAGGCUGCUGAACAGGGGAGUGCUAUUGCUGCCGCAGUUGAAGGUGUUGAACGCCAAUGGGGAAACAAUUUUUCUGGGCCACUUGCAUUCAUUGAAACUUUGAGGGAGAGGAUGUUCAAGCCUUCCUUGUCCACCAUCAUUGCUGACAAUACCAAGGUUGCCAUUGUGUUGCCAUCUGAUCCUGUUUAUGUUGCUGCAAGAAAGAUGCGAGAAUUGCGGUGCAAUUCAGUUAUCAUUGUUACUGGAAAUAAAAUUCAGGGAAUACUAACCUCAAAGGAUAUUCUUAUUCGAGUUGUGGCACAAAAUCUUCCUCCUGAGUUGACUGUAGUGGAGAAGGUAAUGACAUCAAACCCGGAAUGUGCAACAUUAGAAACCACAAUACUUGAGGCAUUGCAUAUAAUGCAUGAUGGGAAGUUUUUACAUCUUCCAGUUGUAGAUAAAGAUGGAUCUGUUGCAGCUUGCCUAGAUGUUUUGCAGAUAAGUCAUGCUGCAAUUUCUAUGGUUGAAAGUAGCUCCGGGGCUGUUAAUGAUAUGGCAAACACAAUGUUGCAGAAAUUUUGGGAUUCAGCGCUUGCUUUAGAGCCACCGGACGAUUAUGAUACCCGCAGUGAAUUGUCUGCAGCUAUGAUGUCAGAUGGGAUAGAACAGGGAAGGUACACAUACCCAUCUCUUGGUCUUGGAAACUCAUUCGCCUUCAAAUUUGUGGAUCUUAAGGGUCGCGUACAUCGAUUUAAUUGUGGAACUGAGAAUGUUGAUGAAGUGGUAACUGCUGUCAUGCAAAGGAUAGGUGCUGGCAAUGACCAAGAUCGUCCUCAGCUUCUGUAUGAAGAUGAUGAGGGUGAUAAAGUUCUACUUGCCACUGACGCUGAUCUUAUUAGUGCAAUUGGUCAUGCUAGAAAUGCGGGACAGAAGGUUUUGAGGUUACAUCUGGACAUGUCUGAUUCCCAUCAGCAACCAAGUUCAGAUUCAAGUCCAACCACAAUGCAGCAAUCACGGUGGUCAUUGUCCCACUCCGUCAUCUUGGCAGGCACACUUGUUGCAAGCAUGGGUGUCAUCAUCUACUUGAAGCGCGCACAGUUGUGAGGUCAUGCUCACGCCCGCACUCAUGAUCCUAAGAUCUUUUUAUAAAGGACUUCACCUGUUUGUUAAGAUUUUUGCGCCAAGAAAACUAAAGGCGAUACAUCCAGUUCAUACAUUAGUAUCACUUUAAAACAUUGACAAUGUAUAAAGCAAUUUUAUUAUAUGAUUUAAACUUAGUUGAUCAUGAACUGUCA